AUGGCAAGCACGGACGGAACUAAAGCAGCUCUGAGUGAGAACGUAACAGAAGUAGAUGCCGUUUACAGCAGCUCUUCGUCUCUGGAUCCCGCUGAGGAGUACUGCGUGAACAACAAACGACGAGGACUUGCCCUGAUCUUCAACCAACAGGAGUUCUUCUUUGAACUAAGGUUGAGUUACCGUGGUGGCUCCAACACUGAUAGACUCAACCUCAUUGAAAGGUUUAAGGAACUGCAGUUUGAUGUGAAGGACUACACCAACCUCAGAAAAGAAGAUAUGUUUAAAAUACUGUCCGAAGCUGCCGCAGCCAAUCACGUGGAUGCCGACUGCUUCGUCUGUGUUUUCCUCAGUCACGGGGAAAAAGACUACAUCUAUGCCUAUGAUGAGAGGGUUCCAGUUCAGGAUAUCACAGAUCUUUUCAAAGGAACCAAAUGUCCUAGCCUUGUGGGAAAGCCUAAGAUCUUCAUCCUGCAGGCGUGUCGCGGUGAUGUGCACGAUGACCCCGUGAAACCCAUGGAUGUGGUGGAUUGUGACAGUGAGAUGAUAAACGAAGUGGUGGUGGAUGCAGGGGCAUUGUACACGCUCCCGGCUGGAGCAGACUUCCUCAUGUGUUACUCUGUGGCUGAGGGAUACUACUCCCAUCGGGAGACUGUCAAUGGUUCCUGGUACAUUCAGGACCUGUGUGAGGCUCUGCGCAAGUACGGAACAUCUCUGGAGUUCGUGGAGCUUCUGACGCUGGUGAACAGGAAAGUGUCCAGACGCUCUGUGGGCAACUGCAGGGACCGGGAAGCCAUCGGCAAGAAGCAGGUGCCGUGUUUCACCUCCAUGCUCACCAAAAAGCUUUACCUCAGGCCCAAGAGGAAGUAACUUUGGACUUUUCUGUACACGGAUG